GGAGUUUUCCGCCUUUCUAGGCAAGGUUGCGUUCGGAAAUCUAGCGGAAAGAAGGACACUAGGACGAAGAUCACUGUCUGUAGAAGAUGUGCACGCAUCUAGUAUGGGGAAGAGAAAAGUGGAGAAAGUGUUCAUCGUGGAAAAGAUUGUCUGUCUUGUGCUAGAUGUGGCACCACUGCAGAGAUCCAGAAAAUUGAGAAAAUUAAAAGAAAGAAAAGUUGAAACAGUCUCCGAGAAACAUGUACAUCCGGGAGCCUGCAACGGUAUGGACGAAGUGGACGUAGAAUUGAAGAGUUUCUUUGGAUACAAGCGAAUGUUAUUGGCUAAAGAUGAACGUAUUACCGCUCUGGAGACGGAGAAUGCCAUGCUACACCUCAAACUUGCAGAAAGCCAUGGAAAUGUGGCACGUCUGAGAAAAGCCAACAGCAGCCUCUGUUGCCUUUUGUUAGACGCGAAUGAAUUCAGGAAAUCGUUAGCACCCAGACUGGAAGAGGUCAAUAUAACCAUCAAGAUCUUGCGAGAACAACUGGACGUCUUGAGGAGCAUCAUGGCUGCAUAUCUCCAUGAACUGUCCGUCAGCAGUCAAAGAGUUGAUACGUCUAUCGGCCAGCUGAUGGAAAGAACUAACGAGUCUUUCAUGUCGAGACGUAUAGCUGCUGAGACCGACAGACAGCUGGUUGGGAUGCAGCGACAACUGUCGGAUGUUACCGAACGUUAUCAAGUCGAAAAGUGUCGUCGGAGGUCACUUCACAACACGCUGGUGGAACUGCGUGGGAACAUUCGAGUUUACUGUCGAGUUCGGCCCGAGUUGUCGUUUGAUAGAGAUGAUGAUAAUGGUGACAGCAGCAGUGCUACAGGUUUGGUUGUGACUGCAAUGGACGAGGAGACUGUGUGUUUUCAACCGGUAAGGCAGAACGUUCGCGGUGAGUUGCCGCCAGUCAAGAUGUUUGAGUAUGACAGGGUGUACAGUCCCGACUGUGGUCAGUCAAACGUGUUCGACGAUGUAAAGCCAUUGCUAACAUCUCUACUGGACGGCUACAACGUAUGUGUGAUGGCAUACGGUCAAACGGGCAGCGGGAAAACGUACACGAUGCUUGGCAAGGAGGAUUACCUCCAGCCUUCGUAUGACGACUUUGCCGACUCCGAAGAAAUUGAAGACAGAGAAGGAGUCGUACCUCGGUCUGCACGAGAACUAUUUAGGCUACUUGAAGAAAGACGUCAUGAAUAUCUCUCGUUUGCGGUUGACAUUUCGGCGAUUGAGAUUUAUAAUAAUCAAAUACGAGAUUUACUGGAUAAGGAGCUGAAGACGCAUAAUGUUGUUUCGGGAAAAGACGGGGAGAUGGAGAUGCCUAAUGUAAAGACAAAGCCCGUUUCGUGUGUGAGCGAAGUGAUGCGACACGUUUUGUACAGUAUGAAAAGACGCGUCGAAGACGCCACUCUUAUUCACGAACACUCAAGCCGUUCCCAUCUCAUCGUAACCCUCACUGUCACCGCAGUAUCGAGACAAGCCACAAUGAUACCUCUCAGCGCACUCGCCACUCGAGUCGUCCUACCCGACCUUCAACUCACGCCUCCAUCGUCACCCAAUAGACAGAAAUCACAGCGACGAAGCGCUCCACACUCUACAACCGUCAGUCCACUCGUGUCCCCACCUCCUUUGUGUAACUCGUCAUUUGCCGACUUCUCUGUGUUCUCCAGUAGCUCUGGGAAGUCGGGCGGUGAGAGCGGCGUCUUCAGGACGAAGCUACAGCUUGUUGAUCUCGCUGGUAGCGAAUGUGUUGGGAUGUCGGGCGUGACGGGAAUGGGACUGCGAGAGUCGUCGUUUAUCAAUCGGAGUUUGUCCGCUUUGGCUGACGUGCUAGGCGCGUUGGGUGAGCAUAGAGGGCAUGUACCGUAUCGUAAUUCGAAGUUGACGUAUCUUCUUCAGGAUUCUAUCGGUGGAGAUGCUAAGUUGUUGAUGCUUCUUUGUGUAUCACCAUCUCACCGCUACAUGGCCGAGUCCCUACAAACACUCGGAUUCGGGUCCAGAGCACGACAAGUACAGAGAGGGCCUGUUCGUCGACGCAAGCCAUUGUUACUACAAAGUGUCUCUCUUCCAUCAUCACCCGGACGACAGGCGAGUGGCGACAGGUCCAAAUCGUCAAGUUUGUUCAAGAAUAAGUGACACAACUAACAUGCAAAGGAUGGAUGAGUGUUGGACAACAGUAAAGAUCGACUGCUAUCAAGUAUGAAAUUUGAUGAUAUGUAGAGUACAUGUGUAUAUAGAGGCAGUUUGAUACAAAUAUAUUUUUAUUAUUUUUGUCUGUACGGAUUGUUGUAUAAUUUGUCUGUAAGAUGCUGUUUGUAGUUACAUCUAUUUUUGAGAAAAACGCGAGGAAAGGAUUUAAUCGUGAUUAUUUUAGUAAUAAAUUACGUUAUGAGUAGAUGGGUAGUUAGGAAUGUCAGAUGGUAAGUGUGUAGAUGUCCUGGUGGUUAUCGUGUCUUAAAUUAGAUUUGGAAUUGGUGUG